AUGAUAACGGGGAACCCUCAGAUGACCUGGUGCCCGCCAUUCUGGACACCGCCCAUCAGUAUAACAUCCAGGUAUGGCUCCCAUGGUGCAUUUUACCGCUAUAAGAACAGCAUGGGUAAGAGCCUCCCACUCUUUUACAUCUACGACUCCUACCUGACAUCCCCCGAAGCCUGGGCCCACCUCCUGACACCAAACGGCCCCCACUCAAUCCGCAACACCCCCUACGAUGGGGUCUUCAUAGCACUGCUGGUGGAGGAGGGCCACACCCACGACAUCCUGGCCGCUGGAUUUGAUGGCAUGUACACCUACUUUGCCUCCAACGGUUUUUCCUUCGGCUCCUCCCAUCAGAACUGGAAAGCUGUGAAGAACUUUUGUGAUGCCAACAACCUCAUGUUCAUUCCCAGCGUAGGGCCUGGCUACAUCGACACCAGCAUCCGGCCCUGGAACAACCACAAUACGCGAAACAGGGUCAAUGGCAAGUACUAUGAGACAGCCCUGCAGGCGGCCCUGACAGUGAGGCCCGAGAUUGUCUCGAUCACCUCUUUCAAUGAGUGGCACGAGGGCACCCAGAUUGAGAAGGCCAUUCCCAAGAAGACGCCGACUCGGCUGUAUCUGGAUUACCUGCCCCAUCAGCCCAGCCUGUACCUGGAGCUGACGCGCCGCUGGGCAGAGCACUUCAUCAAGGAGAAGGAGCAGUGGCUGAUGUGAGGGGCCUGCAAGCACGGGCAUGAGGUGCUAAUGUCCCAGCCUCACCGGAAGAUGUCACCCCUUGGGUGUGGUUGGGUGCUUCUGGGCCCAUCAAGCCAGGGCCCAUGGAGAACAGAGCUAGUUCCUUAGGCAAGUGGUGCCGGGGUGCCCUGCAGGGACAGGAGAUUAGGUGGUAUUCAGAGAGGGAACCCCAGGAGCUGGCAGGUGACUGGAUUUAGCCCAAGGCAGCUCCACAUCCUCAGUCAGAACACUUUAAAAAUAAUCCCUUCUAGCUUGGAACUCAGCUGGUGUCGUUGAGUCACCAAGUCACUGUUCUUAGAAGGAUGUCAGGGCUCUGGGCUAGCAUGCACCCCGCUUCCUUCUGCCAGCCUGUGUCCUCUCCAGGCCUUCUUCCCACAUCCUCUGUCAUCCCCAAGUUAGGGAACCAUAUUUGAGACUUUCUAAAAAGGGAAGUUCUUGGUUUAAGCUCUUCCCAGUAGAUUUAUGAACCCAAUUAUCAGGAAAUAAUCCUGAGCAUUCACACAUUCACACAACACACACCAGUCGAGCACCUUACGACGUGCCAGGUGCUGGGGGAAACCUUGACCAGGAAUGGUUCCUGUCUUCCUAAGCUUACAGGAUCCCACCUCCCUUGUUCGGUGUGGCCUUGUAGCUAGUGCCUAAGCACGGCUAUAGGCAUUUCCUUUUUGCAGUUUUGCCCAGUGCUGGGAGUUCAGUUCUUUCUCCUCUAAGAAAAUACCUCUGUGCUCCAGAGCCUCCGUUUUCCCGAAUGGAUAUUUAGCUCCAGGGAGAGGACUAGGACUCCCCUCUCCCUUUAGCUGUCUGAACUGAACGAGGCCCUCUCACUAGAGCCGUUUUCAGUGCUGCUGUGAUUUGUAUUGAAUAUGAUGUGGUGUUCUGAUUCUUAAGUCAGCUUUCCUCUUGCUCCCUUCAAGACUUCACAAACUCUGACCCCCUCAGUCAGAUUCUGUGACAAACUGACAUGUGGGAUGGGCUGGCCACAGUGCAAGAUUGCUUAAGGAAUUAGUAGUUUAAAAUAAGAUUUCUAGAAGGAAUAAUCUAACAAACCAAUUUUUUUUAUAAAUAAACUAAUAUGCUAAUUGCAGGGACCCUCAAAGCAGGCCCUUGGACGCUCUGUUGGCAAGAUUCUUAGGAUCUACUUGAAAAUCUGUACAUUGGAAAUCACUGUAUUGGGAAAUUAAUGGGCUCAAGACUGAAUCCCAACUCUGGAACCUGGGGUGCAAGGUGGGAGGUGAGGACGUGGGCCCUCCUGGUCUCAAAGACCCCCAGCUCAUUAGACAACAGAUACUAAAACCCCACCAACAGAUGGGGCAGACCUGGACCCCUCACUGUGACUUAGUUGGGGAAAUCAAGGCAGGUGGGGAUAGGUGAAAAGUGCUGGAUGGUGACCUGGAGUAAUUUAUAGAAGGGAGUAACACUGAGGCUUCGUUUGACAUAUAUACACAAAACACAAGAAAUGUGCUAAGACCAGGGGGCAGGGGCAGUCAUUCUCACGCACUGCUGAUGGCAAUGCAACUUAAUUCAGUUCUUCUAAGGCCAAUCUGUAUCAAGAGCCAUAAAAAUGUCCAUACACUUUGACCCAGUAACCUUACCCCAAGGAGAUAAUUCGGAAGAAAAUAAAGCAUUUACAAAG